CACUUCACAGUCACUCACAGACCGACCGGUUCAGCAUUACGGUCUGUGGGAGUUCACGUCUCAAAAUGGCGAUUUUUCACCUAAUUCUGGGCUGGACUGCCCAAUUGUUUAUGUUUCUGCUCGUUCUGGUUUUAAUUGCGUUUCUUGGCUACUGCUUGUAUUUAAAACACAUUCAUGACAAAUAUGACCACAUACCUGGACCACCGAGAGACAAUUUCAUUCUUGGACAUUCCCCAUCGCUUUUGAAAGUCAUGAAUGCUGGCACAAACACGCACGAUCUGUUUUUGGAAUGGUCCAAGACAUAUGGGCCUGUUUGCAAGAUAAAUGCUCUGCAUUACAUCCUUCUCCUUGUGACCUGUCCAGAGACAACAAAGGAAGUCCUGAUGUCCCCAAAGUACCCCAAGGACAAAUUCCUCUACAAGAGACUCUUUUCCAUGUUUAGUCAAAGGUUUCUAGGUAAUGGCCUGAUAACAGCACAGGACCAUGAACUGUGGUAUAAACAGCGCCGGAUCAUGGACCCUGCAUUCAGCAGCUUGUAUCUGAGAGGUCUCAUGGGCACCUUCAAUGAGAGGGCAGAGAAACUGAUGACGACACUUACGGAUUGUGCUGAAAAGAAAACCGAGGCCAACAUGCUACAACUAGUCAACUGUGUUACUCUUGAUGUUAUCGCAAAGGUUGCUUUCGGCGUGGAGUUAGACCUGCUGCAGAAUAGUUCUCUUUUCCCAAAAGCCAUCGAGACAUGCCUUAAAGGGAUGGUAUACUACGUGAGAGACUCAUUCUUUGAGUACAAGCCAAAGAACCGCCCAUUCAUCAAUGAAGUGAGGGAAGCUUGCUGCCUGCUGCGAUCUACUGGAGCCAAGUGGAUCAAUGAGAGAAAGACUGCCAUGAAAAACGGCGAAGAAGUCCCCAAGGAUAUCCUCACGCAAAUCAUCAAAUCUGCUGGCAAAGAGGACAGCAUGACAACAGAAGAUGAGGAGUUAAUGUUGGACAACUUUGUGACAUUUUUCAUUGCUGGGCAAGAAACAACGGCCAAUCAACUCGCUUUUUGCAUCAUGGAGCUUGGAAGACAGCCCGAUAUCCUGGAGAAAGUGAAGAAAGAGGUGGAUGAUGUCAUCGGGAUGAAACAGGAAGUUAGUUACGACGAUCUUGGAAAACUGGUUUACCUUUCCCAGGUUCUCAAAGAGACUCUGAGGCUUUACCCAACAGCUCCAGGCACAUCACGUGACAUACUGGAAGAUAUGGUCAUCGACGGUGUCCACAUACCCGCAGGAGUCACACUUUUUUUAAGCUCCUACACUUGCGGGAGAAUGGAUCAAUUCUUCAAGGACCCGCUUAAAUUUGACCCAGAAAGAUUUCACCCAGAUUCUCCAAAGCCCUAUUACUGCUACUACCCCUUUGCCCUCGGCCCGCGAUCCUGCUUGGGACAGAACUUUGCUCAGAUGGAGGCUAAAGUGGUGAUGGCCAAGCUACUCCAGAGGUUUGACUUCACCCUGAAGCCGGGGCAGUCCUUUGACAUCGUGGACUUUGGCACGCUCAGGCCAAAAAGUGGAGUGGUGUGCUCCAUCAAAUACAGGGAUUAUAAGAAUGAAAUAGGCAAACAAUAGUUUAACAUGGGGAUAAAUCAUAUUAGUUUACGUGGUGAAAACUGGGUUGUUGGUUUGCUUUUACUAAUGUCGCGAUUGCGGCUCUGUGACAAAAGCCCUUAAUGCUAAAAAGUGUUUAAACACUCUUCCUAUACUUAAUACUUCUUUAUGCAGAUGAAAUAGAAUCUGAGAUGCUGAACAGGUUAUUAACUUUUAUGAUGAUUAUUUUGUGUGAAAGGAUGACAAUAUUGGAAACUUUUUAUUUACUGUAACAAUAUAAUUAGCCCUUAUUUCUUAUACCUUUAACCACUGAGGGUCCAAACCGCUUUAUUUACCUGUAAUACUGAUGUAUAUCAAAUGUAUAAUGUAUAAUAAAAACUACAAAAUAGCAUUUUAUCAAAUUAUCAACAUUU